CAAAUCCGCAAAUAUCGCAGAAUAUAAUAUCCGUGUGGGUGCGAGUUGGUGUCGUCAUGUUAGUGGCAUUUUUCAAUUGUACUUGUACUGUACGUGUCAAAUAACACUUGGAGGAUGCCCCCAAGCCAUGCCCUCGUACAUCACACGACCUCCCACUGGAACGACCCGAUUCCGUUUUCCCUGCCUACUGACAUCCGUGCGUUGGAAUCGAUAUUGGAAGACCCAGAUCUAAUGCGGUUCCUUAAGGACCAGGACAUGCAUGCGCUCCCUCACGCCCCCACAGCAUCCCCAGCAACAUUGCCCCACCCACCUCUCCACCAUCACAAUACGUACUUUGCAGCCCCAACCCCAUUUCCAUCGUCCUAUUGCUUUCCCCUAUCGGUCCAACGAUCCAUGAGCGGCUCUAGCCACAGCACGGUCGACACGGACGAAGACGAGGACUACACGACGAACAGCUCUAGGCGAAAACCAUGUGCGUUCGCCGGCUGCGGUCGCAACGUCCGGUCCAAAGGGUUUUGCAAGUCCCACGGCGGCGGCAAGCAAUGCAUGAUGACUGAGUGCCAAAAAGAAGCCCAGAACGGCAACUACUGCAUUGGCCACGGCGGCGGCAAGUGCUGCAAAGUCUACAACUGCUCGAACGCAGCGCAAUCCCAGGGGCUGUGCAAGGCGCACGGAGGCGGUGCUAGGUGCAAAUACGACCACUGCGAUCGCAGCAGCCAAGGCGGCGGGUUCUGCCGGUCCCAUGGCGGCGGCAAGCGAUGCGUCGAGGCAGGCUGCACCAAAGGAGCCCAGCGAGGCAACAAGUGUGCCAAGCAUGGUGGGUGUCGAACGUGCACCGUGGACGACUGCGUCCGGACCGACAGGGGAGGGGGACUGUGUGAGCUCCACCGAAAAGACAAGCUGUGUGUGGCCCACGGUUGCAAACGACUGCGGAAAAGCAUGAACAUGUGUACCCCCCACGUCCGGGAGUGGCGAGUGUCGUCGUCGCAGCAGCAGAUCGGGAACAAGGCUGAGCCGCGGUAACCGUCCCAAAAAAGCACAUGGACAACGUCUCUGUGUUUUUGGUGACUAACUACUUUAUAACUAAUAUGAGAAGAUGGUGAAACGACGAUGGGCAUGUCAGAGUAUUCGCCGUCAACAUCCAUCACGUCGUUUCAAUGUGAUGCAAC